AUGAGCGUUGAAGGUGCAUCAUUGAAAGAGCAAUUGCUAGACGCCUCCAGAAGAAACAAUGUCGACUUAUUAGAGCAGGCGUUCAAUGAUCUGGAUAAUGAUCCUAAGAAAAUUGCCGAUCUGAUUAACACAGCUAAAGAUCCCUUAGGAAAUACAGCAUUACACCUCGCUAGUAAGUAUGGAUCUUGGGAAGUCCUAGAUAAGAUUUUGGAUCUAGAUGGUGAUAUUGAAAUUGAUCCUCAAAACGAUAUUGAUGGAGAUACACCGUUGCACGAAGCAGUAAGAUAUGCUAAAGAGGAGCCUGAACACGGAACAUUUAUAGCUCAGAAUUUGAUUGAAGUGGGAGCUGAUGCUAGAAUUGCCAAUAAGCAUAACCAGAAGCCAGUGGACCUUAUUCACGGUGAUGAACUAGAUGACUUGGUCGACUUACUCCAAGGUGCAGAGUUAGCUGCCGAUACUGGGGUUGUUGGAGAAACUGAAGACGAAGUGGAAGGAGAGGUGGUAGAAGAUGAUGAUGAUUCCGCUGAUGAUGUUGACAUAGAUGUUAAAGCAGUUGAAUAA